CGUUGCUUUCUAACCUCUCUAACAUUUUCGUCAUUAGGUAUCUUCGAGCAAGACGCAUUGUGUCCAUAUAUAAUAACUAUUAUAUUAUAACUAUUGGUUUUGAGAUAAAUUGAUAUUUUCCUUAAAGAUUAAAUAUAUAUUUAAAAAAAAACACAUUUCCUCUAAUCUUCUCGAGUAUUUCAUCGUUAGUGCAUGAGUGUACAUAAGCAAGUGUAAAUUAUUUUUCUAAUUCAAGAUGAGCCUUGUAGCAUAUGACAGUAGUGACGAGGGUUCCGAAAAUGAGGAGGAGUUUAAGGAUGAGGAAGAAAAAAGCAACGAUGCAGAACAUAAUGUGAAAGAUUUACUCAACACGCUACCAAAGCCCAGACAUGUAAAUUCUGCAAAGGAUGUCGAAGAGAACGAUGAUGAUAUCUUGUUGAAAAAUAAGAUGGAAAAUCAAUUCAUAAAGCCAACAAAAAAGCAAACUGUGAAGAUAUCGAUUCCUUCUUUAUCAGAGUUUAAGGAUCUUGAGGAUGAGAGGGAGGAGAAACCUGCUAGGAUUAUACAGCCAUCACAAAAAGGUUGUGGACUCUUUGCAAUCUUAGGAUUACCAAAACAGGAGCUUGCAAGGAAAUCUUUAAUACCUCAAAUUGUUAAGAAUGCAGCAACACGAACAAAUAUCCAGAAGCCAAACAUAACGAGAAAAUCUGAUGCAAGUCAGAAUGAUUCUAAAGUGAAAGGACAAACUUCAAAUGAAUCGUGUGAUGAAUCAAAUUUUGAUGAUGAAGAAGAUGCAUCAAUAGAUUUCUUUGGAUUAGAUACAAAUAAAACUAUAUCAGAUGAUUCGGUAUCAACAUUACUAGAGUUGCCUUUGGAUGACCUCAUAUAUAAAUCAAGUACUAAGGAAGCUUCGCUUGUAAAACAUUUAGAUCAUACAACACAUAAUCCUUCCUCCGUUAAUUCUGAUAUUUCAACAAAUGAUCAAUCAAAUAACUCAAGCAAAACAUUAAUAAGUAAUGUUAUAAAUUUACCUAAGGAAGAAAUAUUAUUGAAAAAUAAAGCAGAAGUUGGUCCAAAACUACCAGUGCCUGAGCAAGAAUAUAAUGUUGAUACACAAGGUAAUGUAGUCUUUGACGAAAAAGCAAUUGAAUAUCUUUGUGGAAAACGAGGUAUAAAACGCAAAGAGCUUAAGGAAGCAGAUAUAAUCGAAAUAAACGGUGAAGAUAUAAAACCAGAUCAAAGAGAAUGGAUGGUGAAAGCAUUGACGGAGGAGCCUGUGCAGAGACCAGUAUCUAUGCAAAGCUGUGGAAUUAACUCGCAAUCCAAGAAGAAACAUCAAAUAACUUAUUUGGCGCAUCAAGCAAAAGCUAUGGAAUUAGAACUGAAAAAUCAAUGGUCUCAAAAUAGAAUGGCGCGAAAACAAGCAAAAUCGAAAUAUGGUUUCUAAGAACAAGAAAAGGAUUUUCUGUAAAAAUUUUUAUAUUUUUAUGUAUAGUGUCUUAUAUUAAUAAUUAC